CUUUCUCUGCACAUGGCCAGUUAAUUGGGCAUUCUGGGAAAGUACGGCUGGUGAGGGGGGCUUCUGAAAACUUCUGGGGACAAGCCUGCACCAUGCUUGGGCACAAGGAAAGCCCUUGAAGCCUGCCUGGAGGAAGAAGCAUGCAGGGCACCCCCAGGGAAGGGCCUGGGCUGUCCCCUGUGGAUGGACGGACGCUCCUGGUCUGCAGCUUUAUCUUGGCAUCAGCUUGGGGCCAGAUGAAUUUCACAGGGGACCAGGUUCUUCGAGUCCUGGCCAAAGAUGAGAAGCAGCUGUCACUUCUCAGGGAUCUAGAGGGCCUGAAGCCCCAGAAGGUGGACUUCUGGCGUGGGCCUGCCAGACCCAGCCUCCCUGUGGACAUGAGAGUUCCCUUCUCUGAGCUGAGCGACGUCAAGGCGUAUCUGCGGUCUCAUGGCCUUGCCUACAGCGUCAUGAUAAAGGACAUCCAGGUGCUGCUGGAUGAGGAGCGAGAAGCCAUGGCGAAAUCUCGACGGCUGGAACGCAGCACCAGUAGCUUCAGCUACUCCUCUUACCACACCCUGGAUGAGAUAUAUAACUGGAUGGACAACUUUGGAACUGAGCAUUCAGAUCUCGUCUCCAAAAUUAACAUCGGCAACAGCUUUGAAAAUCGGUCCAUUUUUGUCCUAAAGUUCAGCACUGGAGGGUUUCAGCGCCCAGCCAUCUGGAUUGACACUGGCAUUCAUUCUCGGGAGUGGAUCACACAUGCCACCGGCAUCUGGACUGCCAAGAAGAUUGUCAGCGCAUACGGCAAAGAUCCUGUUCUGACCAAUACACUGAACGACAUGGAUAUCUUCAUAGAACUUGUCACCAACCCAGAUGGGUUUGCUUUUACCCACACCAUGAACCGCUUGUGGCGGAAGAACAAGUCAAGCAGACCAGGCAUCUUCUGCAUUGGUGUGGACCUCAACAGGAACUGGAAGUCAGGCUUUGGAGGAAAUGGUUCCAACAAAAACCCCUGCUCAGAGACUUAUCGUGGGCCCUCGCCUCAGUCAGAGCCCGAGGUGGCUGCCAUUGUGGACUUCAUCACAGGCCAUGGGAACUUCAAGGCUCUGAUUUCCAUCCACAGCUACUCUCAGAUGCUCAUGUACCCUUAUGGCCACUCUCUGGAGCCUGUUUCAAACCAGGAAGAGCUGUAUAAUCUUGCCAAGGACGCAGUCAAGGCCUUGUUCGAGGUGAAUGGGAUCGAGUACAUGUUUGGCAGUAUCAGCACCACCCUCUAUGUGGCCAGUGGGAUCACCGUGGACUGGGCUUAUGACAGUGGCAUUAAAUAUGCCUUCAGCUUCGAGCUCCGGGACACAGGGCAAUAUGGCUUCCUGCUGCCAGCUUCACAGAUCAUCCCCACGGCCCAGGAGAUGUGGAUGGCAAUCCGGACCAUCAUGAAGCACACCUUGAAUAAUCCCUACUAGCCAGAGCAGGCAGGGCUCUCGUUCCCUCUUCAAGACCUUGGGCUCUUCCUGAAGCCCAAGAUAUUCAUCCCCUCCCUGCACCCCUGUCGGUCGCCUAGGAAAUAGAUGCAAGUUUGAACAGGCUUUGCUGCCUCUUGUGUUGGCUGCCAUCCCUUUGGGUCAGUGUGAAGUGCUACCUGCAGGAAAAUGAGAGGCCUGGAGUUUAUACCAUUCCUUUGCUUGCUGUGUCCUCAAGGCCAGAAGAGAAACCUCACCUCUGGUCCCAGUACAUUUUAACAUUACCUUGAAGGCGACAAUGUUACCUAAAGGACAAGACCUUCAAUCAUCCCAUGUAUAACACCUUGUGGGGAGAGAUGGGUCUAGACAGACAGCCUGAUAGGUGAUUCAUUUUCCAGGAUGGCGAAGGGGUACAUCCCAGGGGACCUCAUUAACCCCAUACUGAAUGUGAGCA